GGCAUGAUGACCGAAUCAUUCUUCAGUUUGAAGCCCGGACUCCUCGUGCAGUGCUUUGAAAGGCCACAUUGUUGCGUCUUUAUGCUGAUCUGUGAGUCUUCAUUCAUUCAUUGUGUGCGAGAGACUGAAAACACAUCACAUCUCUUCAGACAUGGGUUGUUAUGAAUGCUGUAUGCGGUGUUUGGGUGGAAUACCAUACAUCUCUGUGGUGGCUACACUCUUGUGUUUCUCUGGUGUUGCUCUGUUCUGUGGUUGUGGACAUCAGGCCCUUACAGAAAGUGAGAGACUCAUUGAGACCCACUUCACCCGAGACCAUCAGGACUACAUCACACUGGCAUAUCUUAUUGAGUAUUUCCAGUAUAUUAUCUACGGCCUGGCAUCCUUCUUCUUUCUUUACUGUAUUAUCCUGUUAGCCGAGGGAUUUUACACCACCAGUGUAGUGCGUCAGUCAUUCGGGGAGUUUCGGAGCACAGUCUGUGGCCGAUGUAUCAGCACAACGUUCAUCGUGAUCACAUACAUGCUGGUCAUAGUCUGGUUACUUGUCUUCUGCCUCUCUGCACUACCCGUCUACUUCAUCUACAACAUGUCAAACACCUGUCACACUAUAAACUUUCUCUCGGAGACGCCCUCCAGUAUAAACCAGCUGUGUAUUGAUGCCAGGCAGUACGGUCUACUUCCGUGGAACGCUGUACCAGGAAAAGUUUGUGGUACGAGACUGUCUAAUAUAUGCAAGACGAGAGAGUUUUCCUUGACUUAUGAUCUGUACGUGGCAGCGUUUGCCGGAGCAGGAAUGACGGUUUUGGCUCUGCUGACAUAUACUGUGUCCAGCACCUAUAACUUUGCUGUUUUGCGUUAUCUGGGGAGAAAAGGCAUCAGUCCACGCUGUUAAUGUUUGAUCUGUCCUGGGUCUUCCUCUAUUCCUGUCAAUAACACAGCACCAUACUGGAGGAUUUGAUCAUCACCCCUUUACUCUUUACACAGCACAGCAUGGCUUUACUUUUCUCUUAUUUCACAAACUUUUCAAACUUUUUGAAUUCUGCUACAAAUGCGUGAUUUGAUAUUUUUUCACUUGAUGUUUUUACAUCUACACUUAUUUGGGCAUUAUGUUGCUCUUUCAACUCUUCUUGGAAAGUUUUGUGAAUUCAGAAGUUUUAAUUGAUACCCAAAUGUUCCCACUCAAAAAAGUUUGGCUGGGAAAACAUAAACAGUGCGAUUUUAAUUCUGUAUUUAUUUUAUUUUUUCAAUGACUUAAGGGCAGUUUCCCGGACAGGGAUUAGACUAGUCCUAGACUAAAAUAAAUGUGAGAGCUGUACAAACUGAAAAAAAGCUUGCACUGACAUAUCUUAAAAUACAUCAGUGCCCUUUGUUUUACCUCAAAAUGCACACAAGUUAUGUUUUUAGUAAGGCAUGAUUGUUAAAACUAGUUAUAUUUCCUAAUUAAACUAAUGCCUAGUCUGGCCUUAAAGGAACAGUGUGUAGGAUUGUGGCUUAAACUGGUACUGCAAUCACACAACUGGUGGCCAAUACACAAAAUGACAACAUAAACAUCAGUUGAGGGCUGCAACUGCACUUUUUAAAUGACAAUAUCCUGGCCGGACCAAUGUUGUCAGUGAUAUAAGUAUUUCAAAUGAAAAUGAUUUCUUAAUGUCUAGUGACAUAUCAGGGCCAUUUUAUGAUUCAUUGAUAUAAAUGUCUUACAUACUGUUCCUUUAAGAUAAUCUCUGUCUGGGAAACCACCAGUUAAAGGUUUAGUACUAAAACCCAAAGUGCUUUGUUUUUACAAUUCUGCCAUCGUGACUUGUAGGCAGCAUUAAUGUCAUUUUUUUAUGUUUGUGCCAUGUUAGUUUGAUAUCUACGGUUUGUAUUUAUGUAAUAGAAAAUCAAGGUAAUCAUUAGAUAAUACGAUUAUGUUGAGAUGUGCAAGAGAAAAACUCUCACGGUGGUGAUGUGUGGUUUCCAUGGUGAUGAUCCCUCACAUCUGGUUGCCAUGGAGUCAGACACGGUAAUGUGCGUUUUUUUUUUUGUCUCGUGACCCCAGCCCUUUUUU